GCAAAAAGACCUCCUGCCCAAAAUCCAACUGCAGUCAAAAUGGCUGAAAUUGAUCUGGAAAACCGUGAUCCAAACAAUAUCAACGACCAUUUGAAGGUCCAGUUUGAGGAUGUCUUGGCUGAGCCCGAAGGUGCCCACAGCAUUGACUGCUGUUGGAAGUUUACCAACACCUGCUUCAACUGCGCCUUCAAAUGCUGCUACAUGCUGUUGACCCUGUGUGGACCUCUGUACGGUCUCUACUACGGUUGGAGUUACGCCAUGCUUGCCUGUGCUCACAUCUGGGAAUACACCCCCCAGAUCAGAGCCUGCGAGAUCAACUGCAUCAUGAUGAGGAAAGUGUACACCAUCUGCCUCAACUGCUGCCUGACGCCAUGUUGCGAGUCCUGUGGUGCCAUCUUCAGUAGGAUCCAAGUAAAGAAGUAAUGGAAAAUUGAUCGGGACAGUACUGAGAGAAACUUCCUGACCUGAACUUCACAUGUUUUUACACUGACAACUAACAUUUGCAUGGUAAUGACGUGUCCCAUGAAGCAUUUCGCGACGUGUGGUGCUGUAACUCGAUGGGGUCAGUUAACCUUUCUUGUCUGGCUGCAUGUUCCGUACUUUCGUAUCGGACUUAGGACUCUUAAGGACUUUCGGAUGCCGAGGUUAACCUUGUUCCUUCGGAUCUCUGUGUACAAGGAACUUGAUUUCGACAUACUUUCGUUACCAGGGUAACGAUUUCGUGAAUUGUACACAUUGCUAUUCUUUGAACUUCUGUCAUAAUAAAAGUGUCUGUUGUA